AUGGCAGACCAUGAAACCAACGAGGCGGAGAAGAAGGAGAUCUUGUUGGAUGUCCCGCGUCAAUAUCCAGCCUCGUUGACUCCAGUUUCGACAAACCGAAGUCAGCCUCGACCCAGUAUACACUCUGGUCGAUCUUAUGUGGAUGGGCACAGCACAUUCUUCAGUGACCGAGAACCUGGCGAUGAGCCGGAGCAGCCGCAAGAGGUGGACGUGGAAAAUCCGUCCAAGACGUUCGAAGUGGGUUGGGACGGUCCAGAUGACCCUAUGAACCCCAAAAACAUGCAUCCGGGGAAGAAAUGGCUGGUGGUCAUAACACUGGCCUUUGGCUCGUUGUGUGUAACGUGUACUUCUUCCCUCUAUACCAUCACCUAUGAGCAAAUGGACGCAGAGUUUGGCAAUUCACGGAUUGUUGCAACGCUCGGCCUGUCCCUCUUCGUCUUUGGCCUGGGGUUGUCUCCCAUGAUCCUGGGGCCUUUGUCCGAGUUUUAUGGUCGCCGUCCGAUUUAUAUUCUGGGAUAUAUAUUCUUCACCAUUUGGCUGUUCCCCUGUGCCUUUGCACAGAAUAUUCAGACCAUGCUGAUAGCCCGGUUCCUGGACGGCUUUUCUGGGAGCGCCUUCUUGUCCGUCGCGGGCGGGACCGUUGGAGAUAUGUUCAAUCGCGACCAGCUGCAAGCGCCCAUGAUGAUAUAUACGGCUUCCCCUUUCAUCGGGCCGGGGCUCGGCCCCAUCAUUGGAGGGUUUAUCAAUUACAACACCACCUGGCGAUGGUCGUAUUACACACUUUUGAUAUGGUCCGGAGUGAUGGUCAUUGCCAUCAUUGUGGUCGUGCCAGAAACGUACAUGCCCGUGGUGCUGAGGAAGAAAGCGCAGAAGAAGCGGAAAGAGACGGGUGACGACAGGUACAAGGCUCCGAUUGAGGUUUACGAGAAGUCCAUCUUUUGGACGGUAGUGAGAUCCCUGUAUCGUCCGUUCAUGCUGCUGUUCUUGGAGCCCAUGUGUUUCAACCUGUGCCUGUUCUCCUCCAUCCUCUUGGGCAUCCUCUACCUCUUCUUCGGCGCCUUCAAUCUUGUCUUUACCGAAGUCUACCACUGGAAGGUCUGGCAGGUCGGCCUGUCUUUCCUCGGCCUGAUGAUUGGUAUGAUCCUGGCCAUCUUGUCCGACCCCAUCUGGCACAGGAAUUACCUCCGACUCCUCCAGAAGCGAGAGGAGACCACCGGGGAACGCAAGUCGGAACCGGAAUAUCGACUGCCAUCCUCGAUAUUCGGCGGGUGGUUCUGCGUGGCUGGGCUGUUUUGGUUUGCCUGGACCAUCUAUCCAAGCAUUCACCCCAUCGUCCCUAUCGUCGGCAGCGGCUUUUUCGGGUUCGGCAUCAUUCUCGUCUUCACAGGGGUCUUCACCUUCCUCGUUGAGGCGUAUCCCCUUUACGCAGCCAGCGCCCUGUCGGCCAACUCGUUCGCGCGGAGCUCCUUUGCAGGGGCAUUCCCCCUAUUCGGGGUUCAGAUGUACAACAAGCUCGGCUUCCACUGGGCCACGACACUUUUGGCAUUUCUGUGUUUGGUCAUGGCGCCAUUCCCGUACCUGUUCUUCAUUUACGGCAAGCGGCUGCGCAAGAAGAGCAGAUUCGCGUCCGUCCCUGGAUCUGGAUGA